AUGGCUGUAACGACAAUGGUCUCCUUCUCUAGCAGACUUGCGCAGACCAACACCCUCUCCCGACUGCCGAAGUUGAAGAAAACCACCUGGAUGCAUUCCCGAUCGCGGCGCUGGCAGCUGCCGAAAUGCUUUCUCAUCUGGCGACGCGAUCGACAGGAAGUGACAGUGACUAAGGCGAUCUGUGACGCCGAUGACUGGACGGAUCACCGCCUAGUCAUCACCAGGAUGAGGUCCUGUCUGAAACCCAACAGGAGGCUACAAGGUAAGCGACCACUAGGUAACUUGAACACUGUUUUGCUGAAUUUGACUGCUCACCGUUUAGAUUUCAGCAAUCAGUUAGCUCAGCACCUGGAAGUCCUGCCAGCUCCGGACUUCAACGCCACCGUAGAGACUCGAUGGCGCCAACUGCAUGACGUCGUCCAGUCGACCGCCCUGGGUGGCUUCGGCUGCGCACGUCGUUAA